AUGCGGAUCUUCAACGAGCAACAGCCACAGGACGAUUACCAGGCUAUGGACUUGGACAGACCCACUGUCGGCCAACUUCGCCUGCCUGCUCACAUCCCCCAACACCUUCAGCCUGCGCCUGUCUUCCAUCCCCCUCAGCCCGCUCCCGUCUUCCAUCACCCUCAACCCGCGCCCGUGUUCCAUCCCCCUCAGCCGCUUGUCCUCUACCUAGACUUGCUUCCAUCGGACGGUGAUGCCACCAAGUGGAAACCUAACUUCCCCGGGUACCAUGUCGAGGCACCUGAUGUUGCAAAUUCCCAGCAAUUCGCGAACAAGUUCUGCGGCCAGCAAGAUCUCCAAGCUCUUUGUGGAGGGCUCUUCUCUAUCAGGAUGUUCCCCGUGGGAUACCAGAUUAUGAGAUCGAACCGUGGAGAUAUCAAGAUCUAUGGCCACCCGAGCGGUUCUACUUACAAAACUUUGGUCCAGUUCGGUACUCACAUCGCUUCCAUGAUGAAGGAAGAUCUGAUCAACUGCGGCUGUAUCCCCUGCAACAAGGUCCACUGGCGCAGGUACGCCCCUGCCGAUGCUGUCAUCAGAGUCGGACUCCCUCGUGUGCCAGGUGGAGCUGUUACUGUCGCUCUUGCCCAAGCCGCCCACCGAGCUGCUCAAGGUCCCCCUGUCGCUCAAUGGCGCCGCAUUCAGCCUCGACGUCCAGUUCAUCCCCCUGUCGAUCCCAUCCUGGCUGUCGACCUUUCCUGGACCCACCACACCAGAGACGACCUGCAGGAGACCUUGGCCCUCCUCCGCAUCCUCACUGCCAACCUCGAUGGCGUUGAUGCAGUCGUUCUCGCUGCACUUACCGACAACAAGGCUCUCUGGGAGCCCGACAUUCACAACUUCUACGCCUAUGUGCGCCGCCCUGAGGCUCACACGGUCGAACUCGAUGGCCUCUGGCAGCAGUGGUACGAACAUCAGGUUGCCGGCUUUGAUUUAAUCAGAGCUCAAACCAAGAGCGGACAGGCCGCUCAAGAGAGCUGGGAGCUCUUGCAGCGCGCCAAAGACGUUCAGAACCUGCCAGAGUGGCAGAAGGAGACCAUCCAGAAGGCCAUUCUGGAGUUGGAGGAUGUAACUCCUCUUGGUCUCUUCGGAGCUUUCCAUUGA